AGAGGGGCAUUGAAAGAUCGAUUUUGAGAAGAGAAGGGUGAGAAUUUUCUCCCUCUUUUACCUUCAUCAUCAUCAGCUUAUGUAUCAUACGGUGUCCACAACAACAGAUACUGCUGCUAUCGGUCCCACUGGCAUCGUACACUGCCAACAGAAUGCAAAUUAUGUUACAAUAUUAGCGAUCUACGACGAACCAGGAUUUGCUGUAGUGGAUUCGACUCCAGCAAGUGCCUCUCAAUUUGCCAUCAACGGAGCGACAUCAUCAAGUUCUUCAUCGGCAACUCCAAAGACCGCUGCAUCAACAGAAAGUUCACUAGAUAGUAAAUUAAACAUCAUUUCAAGUUCCAACGAUGGUGAUAUUGUUGAAAUAACGAAUAUUGCUGUACCGCCAACUGAUGGUUUACGAGUGACUUCGGACAAUGCCCACACACUGCAACAAAAGCCAUCGUCAUCCUCAGUUAUAACGGGUUCUGGAUACGUUUCUCCAUUGUCUCUUCCAUUGACACAUUUUGAUCAGAAACGUAGUGAUAUAUGUCGUAUCUAUCAUUCUGCACUGAAAAAUGUUAGCGGGUCACCGAGAAGUAAAUAUCGGGUUACUAUAUCUCCAGAUGCUGAUUGUCAACCAUCUCAAGAAUCGCCAAUUUUCACAAAACAGUCAUUGAUGACUCGAACAUCUGCUAGGAAAUCGCGUCUUACUGAUAAUUUUUUCGAUGCCAAAGAACGACUGGAAGAAAAAUUAACAAGUAAUAUCAAAAGUCGUACAGUAAAAGGAGACGUGAAAAAUAUGAAAUUAAUACCACUGAUGGAGGCAGCAAAUCGAGAACAAACAGUGAUUAUACUUUCAGAUAUCACUAUUAAUAUGAAUUUGGGUAUUGAGAUUUCACCCGUACAUGAUCCAUCAAACAAUAUGCGCUUACAAGCUGUAGAAAUCCGGCAAAUUGACGAUGAGGGUCGAGUUGGCAAUGAUGGACGUCUUCGGAUUGGCGACCGUAUUGUAGAAAUCAACCAACGUCCUGUUUAUCAGAUGUCGAUCUCAAGAGCACGUGCCUACUUACAUGAAAUGCAGGCAGUUGCUCAUCCAAGUUUAACAGUCGAUCGCUCAAUAGAAACAUUUACAAGCGAUACAAUUUCUCAUCGUAGUCAGUCAUCAACGAGCAGUUUGCAAAAGCGGCCAAUAUUCUCUGCGCUGCAGCAGGCCAACACAACAGCUCUUGGGAUAACAUUUCCAGUGGAAAUUGUUAAAAGAAGUGGCGGAUUCGGUUUUACCAUAACGAGUCGUGAAACUGCUAAAGGUGAACGACUAUUCUAUAUUGGUACUGUGAAAACAGAUAGUGCUGCGGUUAAUAAAUUAAGAGCUGGUGAUAGGUUACUACAGAUCAAUGGUGAGAAAACAACUGAACUUACCCAAAAUGAUAUGGUCGAACGUCUCAAGAAACUAGAUGUUGGUGAUUCAAUAAACUUAUUAGUUUCGCGAUUAGGAAGCCAGGAAAACGAAAACCACAGUCCAACAAUAUUGAAAAGUAAUCAUGACGAUAAUGAAUGCUGUCACCCGAAUGAAGGGACGGAGCGAUAUGGAGAGGAGAUUUUGACGAUGAAGAUUGCUUUGAAUGAAACUGGUAGUGCUGGAUUGGGUAUAAGCUUGAAAGCAAGAGCCGUUAUGAAGCCUGAUGGUUCGCGUCAUGAUUGUGGAAUAUUUAUCAAAAAGGUCUUGCAUGGUGGUGCUGCAUAUAAAGAUGGAAGAUUAAAACUAGAUGAUCAGUUGAUUGGAAUCGAAGAUAUUGAUUUAAGGCGAAUGACGAGGAAUUCAGAAGCUAGCAAUGCUAUCACUAAAUGUUUGAAAAACUUAGGACCUAACGCAAGUAUUGUAUGCUUACGUGUUGCAAGGAAGGUUGAAUUACGCCGGAACAAUGAUUUUCUAGGUAUGAGAAGUCGUAAGAGUUCUGAAGUUCAUGAUAAAUCUCGGACAAAGUCCGGAGAUGAUGAUAUUGCGACUGUAAAGAAUCAAGAAACAUCAAAUAGUUAUAAUGCAGACGUAUCAAGAGGCCGAUUUAGCAGUUCGGACGAGCAUUCCUUAAAUGCAAAUGAAGAUUUGGAUUCCACCUCAAGCGAUAGACAAAAGUCUGUAUCAGAAGAUGAAAUAAGCCAUGUUGAUGGCAGUGCAUUUAGUCGGAAAAAUCCUGCCAGGAGAUCGAUAUCGGAAAAACGGCAUCUGACUGUUGGAAACGAUGCAAACAACACGGUGCUUUUUCAAAAAAUUAAGCAUAAUCGUCAAAUGAGUGCAUCUCCUAAUCGUCGUUCAUUAAGCCUCGAAAGUACGGAGGCGCACCGAUCUCUAACAUUGACAAUUGCCUCAGCUCAUCUUAGGGAACCAACCGUUCGUGACGCUCGGGGGGAGCAAACGGCAAGACGAGGCCAUCCGAGCACUCUCAAGCGAGCCCAGAAAUCUCGAUGUAAUGGUUAUGCUAAGCCGUCCAUUUCCGAUGCGGAAGACCAAACAUCUUCAGGGAAACAUCGGGACGAACCGUAUGCGUCAUUACCUCGAGAAAUUUCUGCUGCUUCUAAGGAAAAACGACAACGAAGAAAAUCAGUUGGAAGUAGCAUAUUUUCAAAGAUUACUCAGAGACUUGGUGGCUCGAGAUCGCGUGAUGCAUCUCCAGAAAAGAUGGUAUCAUUCGACUCUGCAGAAAGCAACUCUUUUGUCGAUAAGGCGAGCAGGACGCAAGAUCAUGGAGAGUGGAAUAAAGAAAGCAAAAGUAAUAAGUUGAUAAGCAGAGCACCACCAACCUACAAACCAUCGUCCUAUGACGUUUUUCAGCUAGCAGAUCCUGAUUGCCUUGUGAGCGAACAAGGAGCAUCCGGAAAUAUGCCAUUUGAUAGGAGAGAACAAUAUCAGACAGCAGUUUGCAACAACGGAUACAGUGGUCGGAAAGAAAGGAACUCAUACAUCAAUCGUCAAACAAGAAACGGAUAUGGUAAUGAAUUAUACGUACAAUCCCAUCAGCAACCGCAGCAACAACGGCGACAACAAUACACAGUCCACUCGCAGUGUUAUUACGGAGAACAACGCGAGCAACAGCAACAGCGCACAACUUAUUACACGGGAUGUAGUACCAACUACUACGAUGCCUUCAAUGCUUGGUUUGCAUACAGUGCAGCUGCCACACACGGAAAUAUGCCUAUCAUUACAAGAAGAAGCGGAUAUCCAUCCCAGCAUAUUUACUUACCUACAGCAGCAGAAACAGUGUCGUCGAACAGAGCAGCGGUACGACAAAUUCACCACGAAAGAUUCCGAUCGUGUCCAACUCAAUUUUCCUCAUCAAGAAUGCGAACGAGGCAGAGUAUCGAAAGGACUGGUCCCUACUACGCAAGUGGCUAUGCCUCCCAUUCCGGUAUUUCCGACUUCUAGAACUUUCUUUUUUGCGCCUUCCGUACAAACGUUAGGACAUCGAAUUAAUGAUUCACAAGCAGGAGCUCGUUCGAGUUUACGAAAUUGUGGUAAACCAGUUUUUAUCGAACCAUCCAAAGAAUGUACGUUGGCUAAAGCAAGAAAUUCUUUGAAGUCUCAAACAUCUGUGUUGAUUCAUAAGCGCUCCUGUCAAAACCGACAGCAGCAAUCGUCACGGAGUCCUAAUUCUGUAGAACCACUGUUGUUAUCUUCGCAACAAUCUCAGGAAAAACGAUCCCCGAGCUUCUCUGACAGUUUUGUCCUGUCGUCUUCUCAUCCUAAGGCAUUUGUUCCUCCAGUACCACAUCUACCUUAUGGUUUUGAUAAAGCUACUCUUUCAUCUCCAACUUAUUUGCAAGCAUUACUAGAAUCACCAGCAAGGAAUUGCAAAGAUACGAGGGUGAUCAAUAUGCCGAAGCCAAUCAAAUAUAUCAAAAUUCAUUACGGACCCUCCUCUCAUUCAUUAUCUUCCAAGUUACAGCCACUGCGAGCUAAAACUAUGGCUAUCCGAUCUUCGAAUAGUAAUUCACUUCAACCGUAUCAGCAGCAAACCACAAAUGAGUUUGAUUAUCGGAAAUAUCUUCGAUUGACACGUCGGAAUCGUAUAAAUGAUCAGGAACAACGACGAAUAACGCUUAUUGCAACGGUACCUAACGAAACAGCGUUUGUGAGGAGAACUGCGACUUGUCGUGCUCUUCGUCCCAAUACCUUAUAUAAUACUACAACUAAUAGCAAGUAAUAAUAUUUCAUUUGUGAACUUCCUGGGCAAAACACAAGACCUUUCCAAGACCAAGAUCUUCCCAGAGAACCACUCUCAGUUUUCAACUGGUUUUUGUCUCUUGUUGUUUAGUUUGAUAGUGACCGUAAAUUUGUUUGAAAACCUCAUACUACUCGGUUAGAGUUCAGGGAGUUACGCAGAGCUGCCUUUUUGAUUCCUCAAAUUUUCAAAUUUCUUAUGCGAUUUUAGUGAUUUUAUUAUUUCUUCGGCGUUUAAUUUGUAAUCCAAUUGCUCCUCAUCAUUACCUGUACAUAAUGCAAUAUGGAUAAUUCUGAUUUCAUAGUGUCGAAUCGACAUUUCCAGUCAUGCAAAAGCUGAAGAAAUAUGGAAAUGGGGUGAUCGGGUAUGGUCAUUAUUUAAUUUGUAUCCUUCGUUUAAAAUUAUUCGUUUGAAUUUUAUUUAAAACAUAAAAUAUUUCCGAAAUACUAGAAAAAAUUGCAAAUUUAAUGAAUUUGGGCACUUUCACUCUGUCUCUAAUGUUACAUCCCAGCAGCGCAUUUCUGAGAUAUUGUUGAAGCGCAAACUCAUUUGUCUCCUGUCAAAUAAAAUCAUUCUUCUUUUAGUUUGUGCUUUUAAUUAUAUGAAUAAUGGGGUUGUCGAUUUUUCUGAACAUCAGUGUGGAAAUCAUGGAUGUAAAACGCAUUCAUUCCGUGCCAUAUGUUUAAAAUUCAAUGUUAUAAUUACGACUAUUUGUUUCACUUUGUUUUCACUUCACUUCGAUCAUUUUCUUUGUUGCUUAUGGAAGAAAAUAUAUAUACUAUUAUCAUCAAUGUGUUGCAGCUGAAAGAUUCAGAAGCUUUCGGUUAAGAAUGAUUUACAAUCUUCAUGCUCGAUUGGGACUUGUCAUAUUGACACUAUCGUUUUUUAUUCGAGUCAAACUUUCUUAAGAGUGCACGAAUAUUUUUCCGGAUUUUCUGAACUCAUUUAUUUUGAGUUAAUUGGUUCGUUUAAUGUCAUCAGGUCCUGUUUGUUUGUUGUGGCCGGUUGAAAUAGUCAGUGAACACCGCCAGGAUAGCUAGUAAUGUUCCUGUUUUGCUUAGAAUUGUGCACUAAUAAAUGAUCAAGAAAUUUUGCAUGCUAGCGAAAGGAACUGUUUGUUUCAUGUACUAUGCGUUUUGCAUAAAAUCGAAUCAUUUCCUCGUGAAGCACCGUGCUACCAGAGAGAAGUUAGAAUAUGUGCGAAAAUUACCGACCGAGACCAACCACUUGGAAUGACAGCACUCGUUCAAAUGGCGACCAGUGAAUGAAAGGAAUGUUCGAUUGAUAAGAAGGUUCGUGAGUACCUGUCACUGAAAUGAAUAUUCCCGGAAUGUUUAUUUCAGUCAUGAUCAUCAGUUCUUUCAGAGGAUUCUGAGAGCUUUUUGUUCAGUGAUUGCAAGAAAAACUUCAAACAAAUAUUUCGUGAAGUGCUAUAUCAUGACAGUUGACAACAACCGUUCUUCAAAGGCAUCGAAAUGCUGUGUUACCUACCUGUCCAGUAGUAUCUAUUGACGUACGCAUACACAUACCUGCGUACAUCAGUAUCAUUUCCCUCAGGUAUUGCGAUCAUCAGGCAAAAGUAUUGGAGAUGGAUGAAUGGCUGACUGGCUAUUAAUCAGAUCAAAAUUUCUUCAUUUUGAUUAGCAUUCUGUACAAAAUGAAUGUUUGCUUUUUUCAUCCAAAGCAUUUAAAAAAAAUUGAAUGUUCAGU